AUGAAAUUCGGCCGCAAUUUGUCGCAAUUCACGGUUCCCGAGUGGAGCGGCUCCUACAUCAAGUACAAGGCCCUGAAGAAGCUUAUCAAGUCUGCUGCUGAGCAGAUCAAAGCGGGACAAGAUGCGGAUUUGGCUGGUUUCUUCUAUAACCUCGACCGAAAUGUUGAAGAUGUCGAUUAUUUCUACAACAAGAAAUAUUCCGAGUUCGCCCGCCGUUUGAAGCUGCUCGAGGAGCGCUAUGGUUAUUCCAUGGAGGGUCGCCAUGCUCUCGAGCCCGAGGAUUGCCAUGACCUGCGCGAAGCACUUUUGGAUCUGCGGUACCACUUGCGCCGCUUACAAUGGUAUGGUGAAGUCAAUCGACGUGGCUUCGUCAAGAUCACCAAAAAGUUGGACAAGAAGGUGGGUGCGCAGGCUCAGAAGCGUUAUCUAGAGACCAAGGUCGAUCCCACUCCGUUCGCCUCCAAUGAACGCGUCUUCCAGUCUCAGGAUCGCAUUAAUGCUUGGAUGGCCAUAAUUACCGACCAGUCCAAGGCGGACGACAAGGCGUCCGAUGACGCAAGCUCCACUCAUUCUACUCUUUCAUUGAAGCGUGGCUCAACUCGGCCUUAUCUCAACCUCCCUACCAGCAUUGUCACUGCCGUGGAUGACGCACUGCGCAAAGAUGACACUCAUGUCCUGCUCGAAUUACUCGAGACCUUGAAGGCUACCGCAGAUGAAGCGGGAGAGACGGUUUAUUCUAGGGUCCUCAGAACCCUGAUCCAGCGCUCUAUCCUUCAUCGUUCCCGGGCUGUUCUGACUCUUCUCCUGACCCGGGUAGACACCCUAGAAGAAGAUGAUGAUAUCAACAGACGUAACUGCCUCCACCGUCUGGUCAUCUCAAUUGGUCCGGCGCCUCCGACCCUCCAACCGCCGCGUCCUGUGGUCAAAGAGGAGCACAUGCCCCAGCAGCUGGCUCGUGAUGAUUCUGCUGUUGCUCACUUCCAGUUCCUAUUGGACACCCUGCGCCUUGAUCAGCGUGAGUCUUUGAUGGCCAAAGACCUCUCUGGACGCACUCCAUUGCACUACGCGGCACAAUAUGGUUUCAAGGUCGUGUGUGAAGUGAUCAUUGAACAUCUCAUAGAAUGGGGCAUGUUCGAUGUCAGUGAUGGGAUCGACGGUCCGCUCUGGCAGGACAAUGAUGGCUCGGCCCCGCUCCAUUUGAGUGUUGUAGGUGGCCACCCAAAAACAACCCGGUGUCUCUUGGAUGCCGAAAAGGAGAAUGAUCCCUCGCCGGAACGGAGCAUCAUAAGAAAACAGGUCUCCAAGUCUAGUGCAGUAUUGGCACUAGCGACCAAGGCCAACUUCAUUGAUAUUGUCCAGCUUCUGGUGGAUGCCGGCGUGGAUAUCAAUUACCAGGAUGAACAGGGAGAAACCGCAUUGCAUGUUGCCGCCCGAUUUUGCCAUGACGAGUGUGCACAAAUUCUGCUGGAUGGCAGCGACGACCAGAAGGCAGACACAGAAUUAGCCGAAAACACAUAUGGCUGGACUCCGCUCUUCAUUGCCUGUGUGGAUGGAUGUUUGGGUGUGGCUAAAAUGCUGGUUUCCGCUGGUGCAGACGUGGAGCGUUUCGAUUCCUCUGGUUGGACGGCUAAGGAGCACGCGGCGCUUCGAGGCCAUCUUGACAUUGCCCGGUGCUUGGAAGAAGUCAGCCCUGGCCCUCCUGCCACUGAGCUCGAUUUUUCGUCGUCUACUCCAACCCUUCCUGGUUCCGAGUCCUCCUCGCCUCCGAGUCAGUCGUCCCUCACUGAUCGCCGGUCGAAUGCGCCAGGCCCAACUUCUGGGGGUUCCGGCGUACGGACCACUGAACCUAUUAAGACCUUUGGACACAGGUAUCUCACCGAUGAGAGCAUGAUCUUGGUCAGUCUGGGAACUAUGGACAUGCGCAAGCCGCUUGAGACUGUCAGCCUCGACCGCAUUCCGCUGGAGAAUGCACACGUCACCCAGCUUGACACGUCUUUGUCGAUGGUGAUAACAGCUAGCGGUGCACACGGUGAGCCGGAGGUGAUUGACUUGCCCGUGCAGGACAAUAUCUCCACCGAGCCAAUUGUCUUCCACACUACCGAUCCUAGCAAGGUGCGUCUACUUUUCGACCUUGUCCCCACCUACGCAGGAUCGAAGGAGAAGAUCGUUGGCCGGGGUGUCGCUCUGCUUUCUAGCAUCAAACCUACUGUGGGGUCACACCGAAUCAACCUCAAAGGUGAUUCCACUGUUCCCAUUGUUGCCGCGAAUACCCUUGAGGUGAUUGGUUCUGUGACUUUCAACUUUCUCGUCAUCACCCCCUUCAAGCACCCGAAAAUGUCUAUCGCUGGAAACCAGACCUACUGGCGCUCGAUGAGCUCAACCAUGGUCAUUGGACACCGUGGGCUGGGUAAGAACAUGGCCGGCCGCAAUUCAUUACAGUUGGGCGAAAAUACCGUGGAGUCCUUCAUCGCUGCGGCCAAUCUGGGCGCCUCAUAUGUUGAGUUCGAUGUACAGCUCACGAAAGACCACGUGCCUGUCAUAUACCACGACUUCCUGGUCAGCGAGACGGGUAUCGAUGCGCCCGUCCAUACCAUGACACUCGAUCAAUUCCUCGAGUUGGGCGUUGGACGUUACCGUCAUGCCUUGCCCGGAUCCGUGAAAGUCGACGGCAAGGAAUCUGAGCUUGGUCCCCGCCAGCGCUCAAUGUCGGUCGGCGGCUCCGAGUACGACCCCGCCGAAUUGACCGAGAAGAUCAAGCACACACGCGACUUCAAGAAGAAGGGAUUCAAGGGCAACACCCGCGGCGAGCACAUCCAGGCACCAUUCGCCACGUUGGAGGAAUUAUUCACGAAGAUCCCGAAACCUGUUGGUUUUAACAUCGAACUAAAAUAUCCCAUGCUCCACGAGAGCGAGGAGGAAGAAAUGGACACAUACGCAAUAGAACUGAAUUCCUUCGUCGACACUAUCCUGACAACGGUCUACGACCUGGGAGGCGGCCGCGACAUGUUGUUCUCCAGCUUCAACCCGGAUAUCUGUCUGCUGUUGUCUUUCAAGCAGCCUUCCAUCCCCGUCCUUUUCCUAAGCGACGCGGGCGCCUCCCCGGUAGGUGACAUCCGCGCCAGCAGCUUGCAGGAGGCCGUUCGGUUCGCCUCGCGGUGGAAUCUCCUUGGAAUUGUCACCCAGGCUGAACCACUAGUCCUCUGCCCGCGGCUGGUCCGUAUUGUGAAGGAGUCCGGUCUUGUGUGUGUCUCUUACGGAGCGCUCAACAAUGACGGAAACAACGUCGACUACCAAGUCGCCGAAGGCAUCGACGCCGUCAUCGUCGACUCCGUGCUCGGCAUCACCAACGGCCUCAUCCAGCGCCAGGGCAAGGGCGAACGCACACCGGCCACAUCGCCCAAUCCUGAGGCCUUCAGUGAUCAGGCAGCCGACGCUGCCAAGGGCGCUGUCACAGUCCCGGUUCUUGAUCGGGCGAAACAAACUAACCUGUCACCGGAUAUUACUCCUUCUACCCUUCUUUAA